AUGACGAACACUCUGCGCAAUAUAUAUGUACACAGACGAAAAACUGGGCUUCGAGUAAUCAGAGCGUUCAAGUCGACUCUGGAAGAUUUGGAGGAGCGUCGCUCUGUCCAUAGUUUACACAGCUUACACAGUAUGCGCAGCUCACGCAGCCACACCGGGUCCCGACCAUUCUCUGACUUCACAUACAUUGACGAAGACCCGUCAAACACCGCGGUGAACGCCAUCGGCAAGUUGCCGGCGGGCAAGGGCGCGCUGGACCCGGCCACGGCGGCGGACCACGCGACGCAAAGGAUCAACAACAGCGCCGCAUCGCCGCUGUUGCUCAUCGUCUCCGGGCCGGGCAACAACGCUUACAACCAUCAUAAUACCAUUUACAACACCACCACCACAACCACCACAACCACAACCACUACCACCGCCAAUGACAAUAGAUCCUCAUCCAAUAACGCCAACCCGAGCCAAACCAACCAUACGCAGAUGCAGAGUAGCAACAGCAGAGACAACAACACCGUCACCGGAAACUCCCCGCUUCUCAGCUCCAAUAAUCUGGCCCUCCCGGAAUUGACGAAGCUCGUGCAUGAGACCAGCAUUUAA